UAACACCACCUGCACCUCGGCUCCAUGAUUUCCCCUCCUCUCACUCUGUCGCAGAUUUCCCAUCGCCAUUCUUCUCCAAAUAUUGUAUCGAGCGAAUUGUGAAGAUCGUACGUGUGAAGAAUCGGCUUAGGGUUUGAAUCGCUGAAGAGAAAACCCAUUCGAAGUGUAGAUCAGGGGAUGCAUUAUGAAGUAUUGGAGUGUGGAUUGACAUAAUUGAGAUGUUAAUUGCAACACAAUAUGAAAGAGAGUAGAGAUAGAACUAGGAGUGAUGGAUUUUCAAGAUCUUCAGCUGCUAACUCUGUUCCACUUGAGCUAGACGUAGAUGACUUUAAGGGGGACUUUUCAUUUGAUGCCUUAUUUGGAAACUUAGUAAAUGAGCUGCUCCCUUCGUAUCAAGAAGAAGAAACAGAUUCAUUAGAAGGGCAUAGUAACGUUGGUGAUGAUUUGCCAAAUGGGAAUAUGCGAAUUCCCUCUGAUGCGGGAAAAUCAGCACAAGGGCCGUCAAGCCCUUUAUUUCCAGAAGUAGAUGCUCUAUUGUAUUUGUUUAAGGAUUCUUAUACAAAGUUAGUUGAUCUUCGAAAACAGAUUGAUGGAAAACUUUACAAUCUCAAGAAGGACGUUGUUGUCCAAGAUUCUAAGCACCGCAAGACACUUGCUGAGCUGGAAAAAGGUGUAGAUGGCUUGUUUGAUAGCUUUGCACGGUUGGAUUCGCGUAUUACUAGUGUUGGACAGACUGCUGCCAAAAUUGGAGAUCAUCUGCAGAGUGCAGAUGCUCAGCGUGAAACUGCAAGCCAGACGAUGGAUCUCAUAAAGUAUUUGAUGGAGUUUAAUAGCAGCCCGGGCGACCUAAUGGAACUUUCACCUUUAUUUUCUGAUGAUAGUCGUGUUGCUGACGCUGCUUCAAUUGCACAGAAAUUGCGGUCUUUCGCUGAAGAAGAUGUUGGAAGACAAGGGAUAUCUGCACCGUCAGUUGUGGGAAAUGCAACUGCAAGUAGAGGCUUGGAUGUUGCUCUUGCUAACCUUCAGGAAUACUGCAACGAAUUGGAGAAUAGAUUGUUGGCUCGAUUUGAUGCAGCCUCACAGAGGAGAGAAUUGUCUAUUAUGGCAGAGUGCGCUAAAAUUUUAUCUCAGUUUAAUAGGGGAACAAGUGCUAUGCAACAUUAUGUGGCAACACGUCCAAUGUUUAUUGACGUGGAGGUCAUGAAUGCAGACACUAGAUUGGUUCUUGGUGACCAGGGUACAUUACCUAGUCCUAGCAAUGUUGCACGUGGGCUUUCUUCAUUGUACAAAGAAAUCACAGACACUGUUCGUAAAGAAGCAGCCACAAUAAUGGCUGUAUUCCCUUCUGCAAAUGAUGUUAUGUCAAUUUUGGUUCAGCGAGUUUUGGAGCAACGAGUUACUACACUUCUUGACAAACUGUUGCAGAAACCAUCUCUUGUUAAUCCACCUCCUAUGGAAGAAGGCGGACUUCUGUUAUAUCUUAGAGUGCUAGCAGUGGCAUAUGAUAAAACGCAGGAACUUGCUAGAGACCUACGUGCUGUGGGGUGUGGUGACUUGGAGGUUGAAGGUAACAGCCUAACAGAGUCUUUGUUUCUUGCUCACAAAGAUCAAUAUAUUGAGCAUGAGCAGGCCUCUCUGAGACAACUCUAUAAAGCAAAGAUGGGGGAACUGCGUGCUGAAAACCAGCAAUCAUCCGAGUCAACUGGGUCAAUUGGACGCUCAAGGGGAGCUUCGUUAGCAUCUUCCCAUCAACAGAUAUCUGUUACUGUGGUGACAGAAUUUGUGCGGUGGAAUGAAGAAGCAAUUACCAGAUGCACUUUGUUGUCAUCUCAGCCUGCUACACUUGCAGCCAACGUAAAAGCUGUAUUCACUUGCCUGCUUGACCAAGUUGGUCAAUACAUAACAGAAGGACUCGAGCGAGCUAGAGACAGCCUGACUGAAGCUGCAGCUUUGAGGGAAAAGUUUGUGCUGGGGUCAAACCUUACUAGGAGGGUGGCUGCUGCAGCUGCUUCUGCUGCAGAAGCUGCUGCUGCUGCUGGUGAAAGCAGUUUUAGAUCAUUUAUGGUGGCUGUACAACGUUGCGGAAGCAGUGUGGCUAUUGUUCAGCAAUAUUUUGCAAAUUCUAUAUCUCGGCUUUUACUACCUGUUGAUGGUGCACAUGCUGCUUCCUGUGAAGAAAUGGCAACAGCUAUGUCCAGUGCAGAGGGUGCUGCUCACAAAGGGCUUCAACAAUGCAUUGAAACUGUUAUUGCUGAGGUAGAGCGAUUGCUGUUAGCUGAACAGAAGGUAACAGAUUAUCGGUCACCUGAUGAUGGUAUUGCUCCUGAUCAUCGCCCAACAAAUGCUUGUACAAGAGUUGUAGCAUACCUUUCUCGUGUGCUUGAAUCGGCAUUCACUGCACUAGAAGGUCUUAACAAGCAAGCUUUCCUUGCUGAAUUGGGUAACCGCUUGUACAAAGGGCUGCUAAAUCAUUGGCAGAAGUUCACUUUUAACACCAGUGGAGGGCUGAGGCUGAAGCGUGACAUAACCGAGUAUGGUGAAUUUGUGCGUCGUUUUAAUGCUCCUUCUGUGGAUGAGAAAUUUGAAUUGUUGGGCAUCAUGGCCAAUGUCUUUAUCGUUGCUCCUGAAAGUCUCUCCACCCUAUUUGAGGGUACCCCAAGUAUUCGGAAAGAUGCACAGAGGUUUAUCCAGCUUAGAGAGGACUACAAGAGUGCAAAGCUUGCAGCCAAACUUAGCUCCUUGUGGGCUAGCUCUAGUUAGUGCAGUGGCAUGAUGAAGUUAAGUUCACACUCCACGUUACUUCGACUGUUUAUGUCAAGGCGUCGUGCUGGUGAAGGAGUUGCUAUCUCAAUUUUGAUGGCUUUUCAAUCAUAAUAGACCAAGUUGGGAACAGAUUGGUGGAUAACAGAACUGUGAGGUUAAGGAGCUCAUUCUUGAACAGGAUCGGUAUAUUCGCCAUUGCAUUCUAGUUUUUCCUUCUUGUUGUUGUAAAUCAAUCAUUUUAGGAAUGAUUAACGACUUUUUGGUGUAAUUGUUGUGAGUGCGGCUUGAGUCAAAACAGUUAUAGUGAAGUGGUUCAUGAUCAGGUAUUAAACCUUUGUAAAAAUCAUUUUAGGAAGGAUUCAUGUUCAGGUGUUAGUUUUGGAAUGCUUAAUGACUUGAAUGGCAGUGUGGAGAAUGGAUUCUUUUGUUUGGUAAGCAAAUUAAAUUUCAUUAGAAUGGUCAUUCACACAAAAAGCUUGACCAUUUUUUUUGUUUGGAUCUAAAGAA